UAACAUGCUGGGCUUCUAGUAAGGCAAUUGCACGUUAGCUCCAAGCUAGCUGGUUAGCUACAGCGUUUCAUCUUUUGGUUUCAUGUAGUUGUUAUUGGAGUCUUUGUCUGAUUUAGCAGCUAAUACAGCGCAUCACACAGAGAAAUAAAGAUGAAUUAUUCGGAUUACGACUCGGAUGGUUAUUCUUCAAAUGAAGAUGAAGACUACGUCCCUUCUGAUGAUAACCUGAGCGAGGAUGACAUGAAUGAAUGUGAGAAGGAGGAUGCACUGGAGGUGGAGGGUCACGACACGCAGCAGUCAGAGCAAGUAAAGAAGAAAACUAAAGCAAACAUUCCUAUGAGGAAAAGGAAAAAAGGAGGACUCAAACUAGAAGAAGAUGAUGAAGGUGGUUCAGCAGACCAACAGAAAUGUGAAGAUAAGUCAAAAGAGGAUCAUUUUGUAACUGAGUCACAAGAGGACAUUGAAGAGAAACAUAAGAAGAAAGCAGAUGAUCUUUGGGCUAGUUUUUUGAGUGAUGUUGGCCCUCAACCCAAAGCAGCAGCUCCAAGUACAGACUCUCAGCAGUCCACAUCUACGACUGGUACAGAUAUGCCCAAUAAACCCUUGACAGCGUCUCAGCAGCAGGAGGACAAACCAAAAGAAUCCUCCAAAAUCACAAUCACCAAGGUGUUUGAUUUUGCAGGAGAAGAAGUUCGGGUCACCAAAGAGGUGGACGCAGACUCACGAGAGGCCAAGAGUUUUCUGAAGGAGGAUAAGGUGCUGAAGGAGAAAGCAGAGUCCUCUGAGCCACAGCCAUCCGUAUCGCUCUCAUCUGCAUCCAGUGUGAAGAGGCCAGCGGGCAUGGGGGGCAUCUUGAAUCGCAUUGGGACCAAAAAGCAGAAGAUGAGCACUUUGGAGAAGUCUCAGAUGGACUGGAAUGCCUUUAAAACAGAGGAGGGCAUUGCAGAUGAGCUGGCAAUCCAUAAUCGAGGCAAAGAAGGGUACGUGGAGCGAAAGAACUUCCUAGAGCGAGUGGACCAGCGGCAGUUUGAGUUGGAGAAGAGUGUGCGUCUGAGCAACAUGAAACGGUGACAAGAGAGCAGACAUAUUCACUGAUCAAAACAGACUGUCCCAUGUUCACACACACCCUCCAUACACUCUCAAGAUGUUUUUCUUCUCUAGGAUUUCUUCUCUAGCAAUUCCUCAAAAACCUCAUUUUAUAAUUAACUGAGGUACAUCAGGCACACCUAACCAUUCAAUAAUAGUGCCAUUAAUG